CGCCUACCCUCUUACGAAAUUUGAAUGUGAUAUGAUUGAAAAGGUUCAACGGCGUGGAUCCAAAUCUGUUCCUGAGCUGCGGGACCUGUCCUAUUCUCUCCGACUCAAACAACUGAACCUCUUUUCCCUGGAUUACCGUCGUCAUCGCGGAGACUUGAUCUUCACCCGACGUAUUCUUAGAGGAGAGUUGGGGAGGGAAUUACAGGAAUUCUUUCAUCUCAACACAGAGACUUCAACAAGAGGCCACAGUUUGAAACUGUUCAAACCGAGGAGUGAUCGAGUGCGAUCCAGCCUGGCUUUAUCCACUCGCGUUGUGAAUGACUGGAACCGCCUUCCGGAGUCCAUCGUCGUUGCCGAGACCGAGGAACGUUUCAAGCAUUUAUUGGAUUCUCAUUUUAGUUUACGGGGAUCCAGCUGUUUCCAAUGCAGCUUCAGUGGUUCUCUGUGGGACCUUGUUCCGCAAUGACCCAGGCUAUCUCCGAAACGAUUGGGAAGUGACGGAGCUGACAAAGGAAUUUCCUUCUGCUCUCUAUCAUCCAAUGAUCCA